AUAAGUGGAGGCGCCCGGCGGGCGGGCCACUCUAUGUCCCGCGCUGCUCCUACUCCGGUGGCGAUGGCGCUUCUCUGGACGUUGGUCUUCGUCGGGCUGCUCUCUCUGUCCGGCCUGCACGCCGUCCAACGUACUCCAAAAAUUCAGGUUUACUCACGGCACCCCGCAGAGAAUGGAAAGCCAAAUUUCCUGAACUGCUAUGUGUCAGGAUUCCACCCACCAGAAAUUGAAAUCGAACUGCUGAAGAAUGGAGAGAAGAUGAAUGCGGAACAGUCAGACCUGUCUUUCAGCAAGGACUGGAGUUUCUAUCUUCUGGUCCACACUGAAUUCACUCCCAAUGGACAGGAUGAAUUUAGCUGCCGUGUGAAGCAUGUUACUCUCAAAAAUCCCCAGGUCGUUAAAUGGGAGCGAGACAACUAACCAGCAUCAUGGAGGUUUGAAGAUUGUGCUUAUAGAUUGCGUUAAUUUCAAAUGCUAUGUUCUUAUUGAUGCUGAUAUGCUUUUAUGCUUUAUGCAUAUAAAUCAUAGUCAUAUUGAUGAUGAUGCAAAUAUAAUCUACUUGUUAAUUCUACAUUGAUCAUUCUGUUGCUGUAUUUGACCCGUCUCUGUGGUAGCUGUAGUUGUGGGGCUGGAAAAAUCUUGGAGAGAAUUCUCAUGGUCAGAACUGAAUUGUUCAGUCUAUUCACACAAAAGAUAGUUAUGCAUGUUUAGAGUUAAUUUCCAAUUUGCAUACUUUGUUUAGAAUUUGGGGGAAAUUUUUUGAAAGAUAACCUCUAAGUUACUGGAAAUUUGUUAUAGUGGGUAAGACACUGUCCUAAGAUUCUCACUCACCUCUUACAUCAGAAACAUGGUUGCACACAAUUUGACUUAAUGUUAAUUUUGUUUCAAUAAUUAAAACAAUUGUAAAACUUGA